AUGCCAGACGGCACCACGCUCGAGCGGCCGGCACAUGCCGAACGCGUGCUUGUUAAGCACCGCUUCUUCAAGCGUUACCGACAUCCAGCCCUUUCAACGAGUAUCACAUCCUCACGCACAGUUUCGGAAGCUCGCUCACUCGUGCGAAGUGCAAAGAGUGGUGUGCAUGUGCCGCGACUCGUGUGUGUGGACGAGACGCGCGGCAUUCUUGCAAUGGAAUGGAUCGAUGGACCCAGUGUACGGCAAUGGCUCGGCGGCGUACCGGAAGAGGACGGAAGCGACAGCCGCGAAUCACCAAGGGCGCCAUAUGUGUCCGCCUCUCCUCCUCCCACGGAGGAAGAGCAGAACCAUUUUAUGGUGCAGAUCGGUGAGCAGCUAGCACAAAUGCACUGUGCGGAUGUGAUUCACGGCGACUUGACGACAAGCAACAUGAUGCUGCGUUUGCCAGAGAAGGACGUGGUCCUCAUUGACUUCGGUCUGGCUAGUGUGUCGAGUUUUUGGGAGGACAAGGCCGUCGACUUUGUCCAAGGGUGA